CUUUUUCUGUAAACUUCCUAACAGUGCUGCCGCGUCACACUCUAUGCCACAGGCCUGUUUUUUCUGUUGGUUUAUUCUUUAUUGCUUAGUACAGAUGAAGAAUGUUGACUGGUGCUACAGUUCCAGGAAUGCUCUGUCCAUUUGCCACGUGUCAACUGCUAUCGCUGUCCCACAUACCUGUUUUUUUCAGCACCUCUGGUGCUAAAUGGUUUUUCCUUAUUUCUUUUUUUAUUUUUUUUUAUUUUUUUUAUUUAUUUUUUUUAAAAACACAUACAGGAAUCUUUAACAGAGAUGCAGUUUCUUUAUUACGACAGAGAAAAAGAAAGAAACUCCUGAAUGUUUAUUGUUUGGAAACUUGGAUAGUUUAAAUGUAACUUGUAAGAGAGAUAUAGUGGAAGAAGAUCCUGUUUUGUUCCAGAAAAAUUAAAAAUGGAAAGAGAAGUUAUAUUAGUUGCAGUUGAUGCAAGCAAGGAAAUCACAGAUUAUGCUCUUGCAUGGGCGCUGCGUAAUGUGACAAGACCUACAGACUCUUUAAUCCUACUUGCAGUUUUUCCUUCUCUUAGGCGUUCAUUGGCUAGUUCAAACAAUGUUGAAUAUGGAGCACAUCAUGAUUCAAGAAAAUCCCAGUUCUUUUCUUACCUGCUAAAGAAGUUGGGUAUAGACUGUAGCAAGGAGAAGAGUUCUUUUGAUCAAGUGGGUCUCAUUAAUGGAGUUGAUCAGGGCGUUUUCCACAGAAUACACAUUGUAUGCGAGCAUAUGCUUCAGCAAUUAUGCUCAGCUAAUGAUCUUAUGCAGGUCCACACUGAAGUAGAGGUUAUGGCUGAUGUGCAGCCGGGCUUGAUUGCCUCAAAAGCCAAAGAGCUUGAGGCAUCUUGGGUUAUACUGGAUAGACGCCUGAAGAGAGAAAGUGAUUACUGCCUGAAACAAGUGAAUUGCAACAUUGUACUCAUAGACCAUGCCAUACCAAGAAUCCUCAAAUCAGUGAGUCCUGUAACAGGGAAGAACCUUCGUAAGGGUGGCCAACAAAGCGAUCAAAGAGCAACUAAAAUGGUUUGCGUGCUUCCUAGCAGUACCACUGAUUCCAACAGCGCCACCACUCGAAGCAGUCUAGGCAUAGAGAGUCCAAUUUUUGACACUGAUGUUUCGUCCUCAUUGUCUAUAUCAGAUAAAGACCAGCUCCACAAUACCAGCAAGCCCUUUCUUGAUCUAAACUCCCAGUAUUUUGACAAGAAAGUGGGAGCUCAAGCAACAUCCAGCAAGUCUUUUUUAAACAGCAAAUUCCAACAAGGAUAUCAGACAUCAGAUUCAAAUACCGGCAAAUUACCUCACAAAUUGUUGGCCAAUCCCCUGUAUGAGAUACCAAACAGCUUUGGUGGUCAUUCCAUAAAUCAAUGUGCAAAGGAAGUUAAUAGUAAUGUUAGAGAACAGUCAUCCUUGAUUCCUGGUAGAAGAUCAGCAGACUCACCAAGAUUGCGGCGAAAUGUUGAGGGCUCACAUUUAUCUAAACAGCCGGUUAUUAGAAGAGAGUCCCCCGCUUGUGACAAAAGUAAACGACCUGCAUUACCUACUCCACCAACUAUUGAUCGAAUCUCAAGCAUAAGGAAAGCUAUAUCACUCUCCAUAAAACAACCACCAAUCCCUCCACCUCUUUGCUCUAUCUGUAAGCAUAAUGCUCCUAUUUUGGGCAAGACACCUAGGAAGUUCAGUUUCAAAGAGAUUGAAAGAGCAACUGAUGGAUUCUCAAGUAAAAACUUCUUGGCACAGGGCGGUUACGGUCCUGUCUAUAAAGGAAUCUUGCCUGGUGGGCUGGUUGUUGCGGUGAAGCGACAUAACAGGUUGAGUGCACAGGGAGCACCAGAGUUUUGCUCUGAAGUUGAAGUGUUGAGCUGUGCACAGCAUAGGAACUUGGUCAUGUUGGUGGGUUACUGCAUUGAAACAGAAUGGCUUCUUAUAUAUGAGUUUGCUUGCAAUGGAUCAUUAGAGACCCGCUUGUUCGGAACAGAGGCGACUGAGCUGAUGUGCUGGCACAACAGGAUGAAAGUAGCAAUUGGAGCUGCAAGAGGAUUGAGAUAUCUUCAUGAAGAUUGCAGAGUAGGUUGCAUUGUGCAUAGAGACUUCAGACCCAACAACAUCCUCCUGACCCAUGAUUUUGAACCAAUGGUGGGAGAUUUUGGUCUUGCAAGAUGGCAAGUAGAUGGUCAGUCAGCCGAGGACUCUCGUGUUAUUGGUGCAUUUGGGUAUUUAGCCCCUGAAUACACACAAAGUGGACUCAUAACUGAGAAAGCCGAUGUAUAUGCAUUUGGAGUGGUUCUGUUGGAGCUCUUAAGUGGCUUUGAAGUAACUGAAUUUGCAAGGAAUACAGGACAACAAUUUGUCUCAGAAUGGGCCUCUCCACUGCUUGAAAGCAAGAAAGCUAAUGAGAUUAUCGACCCUCGGUUGGAAAACAAUUAUAUAGAAAAGGAAGUAGCUUGCAUGAUGCAUGCAGCAAGUCUCUGCAUCUUACCUCACCCUGAACACAGACCAACGAUGUCAAAGGUUUUGAAAAUAUUGGAAGGAGAUGUUCUUACAGACAUGGUUUGUACUUCUAGAGAGCAUCCAUCCCUUUGUGAAACACAAAAUAUAAACAAUAGACAUGCUACUAAUCAGAGAAAAAUGAAACAGACAAUAGAUUACAACUCUUUGUCAAAUUUACUGCAUUCAAUGGACGUUAUGAAGCUAAGCCCACCUAGAACGGGUAUACAUAAAUCAGUAAACAUUGGAGGGAGUUCGAAUCAACAGGAACUCGAUGUCAGUAAAGAAUAUCAAGCAUACUUGCAUGGUUCACUGGCUAAGUUUGUUCAAAACAUGAAUGGAAAUUAAAAACAGGAAUCUUCGUGGAGUAAAGUGAACUAGUGCUAUAUGCUGUAUCUUCUGAUGGCAAGUAGUUUAAUGGAUAAUAAGACUCAAGUACUAAUUGUAGCUAUAGUUCAUCUUCACCAGGAAAUUUUGGUUAGGGAUCAAAUAUGCGAGAUCGAACUUCGGCUUGAGAUGCAUCCUCGAUGGAGUUUCUGAUAAGUUUUGGAAUGUUGAUGGUUAAAACUUUGUAAAGAAAAUAUUAAACUGUUUUUGUACGUUUACUUGUUGCCCAAACAUCCUCAUUUUUGAAAAAAUCCUAUCACUGCCAGAAACACCAGAUA